GCUUUAAAACAGCAGCACGAGCCUUGGCACUAAUUUAGUCCCAGGCAUUCAGAGCUAAGUGGAACUACUGCUGUGCUGUUUGGGGGGAAACUUGCUUUUACUUUGCCUUUCAAGUCGGACUCCUUUUUUUUUGUUGUUGUUGUGGAAAUACAAGCACUCAAACCCUCACCGCCAGCAUGCUGCUCCUACUACUCGGGAUCGUCUUCCUGCACGUCGCUGCUUUGGUUCUCUUAUUUGUGUCAACAAUUACCAGCGUAUGGACGACAGGAAACAUCGGUACUUCGGACCUGUGGUUGAACUGCACAUCUGUUGGAGGGCUGCAGUGUAACCCCGCCAGCGCCGGAGAAUGGAUCCAGGCAGUCCAGGCCGUCAUGAUCCUGUCCAUCAUCUUCAGCUGCAUCUCCCUCAUUCUCUUCUUCUGCCAGCUCUUCACUCUGCAGAAGGGCGGCCGCUUCCUCCUCACUGGAGUCUUCCAGAUCCUUGCCGGUCUGUUUGUGAUGUGCGGCGGAAUCAUCUACACGGUGAUGAGCCCCAACUGGGUGCCGGAGACGGAAUCCUUCGGCUACUCCUACAUCCUGGCCUGGGUGGCCUUCCCCCUGGCCCUCAUCAGCGGAGUCAUCUACGUCAUCCUAAGAAAGCGAGAAUGAGAACCCCACCCUCCAGCCCGUGACGUGACCCGCCACUGCCCCCCCCAUCCCUGCAUCAACCCCGCCCAGCCCAACGCCUCCGUCAUCUAUGAUCCUCUCCCCUGUGCUUUUUUCACCCAGUAACCUCAGCCCACACCCCCCCCCCCCCCACAUGCGAGCGGCACCAUCCACUCCUCACGCUAACGUAAAGGAGGAGGGAGGAGAGGGGAAGGGAGGGGUCUGAUGUUUGUUAACCAAAGGCCCGCCUUCUGAAGCCGUCAGGGUCCCAAUGCAUCCAGAUCCAAAACAAAAGGGGUUAGCAGAAAUACUACAACCACCAACAACAAGAAAAAAGACGAAAUCGACGACGACUCCAAAGCAAUCAAUCAUUACUGUCUCUAUUUGAGGAUGUAUAUAGUAUCUAUGGUUUAAAACCUAUUUAUAACACUUUUUACAUAUGUGUACAUAGUUUUUGUGUUGCUCUGUCGACAAAGAUUCUGGCAGGUGCUUUGUUUUUCGCUGAUUAAGUGCCUCUGUGUUGUUUGUAACGACGAAAUAAUGACAUGCCGUUUCGUUUUCUUGUUUUCUUUUUUCCUUAUCCCGUUUCCUUUUAGUAAUCGCCAAAGAAUUAGUUUAAAAAGUAUUUUAACCAAAAGCAUGUGCACACAAUAUAAAAUGAGUAGAAUCAAUUUGGCAAGAGCUACAACUACUUGUGACAUCCAAACACAAAAGAAAACAACAAAAUAUACAGUAGAUCUAGGAUAGACAUUCGAUAGCUUUGGUUAUUUUCUAUUUGUGAAUUUUAUUGACGUUAUUUUUCUAUUUCAAAGACGGUGCUAUAUAUUUACCAUUCCGAUAAAUUACAGCUAUGAUUUACAGUUCAGUUAGGAGUUACACAGGCUGUCAUGACAAGAGUGGAGCGUACAAGCUGUGUAACCUGCUUCUAUAGUGAAUACAGUCGACACCAUGUCUAAAUAAAUACCUUAUUUUGUUCAGCUACUGUAAUAUGACAUUUAAUGUUAGUUUGGCUAAUUUGCUUGGAUGAUUUAAAACCAUGUCAAAUGUCAGUAUUGUGCAGUCAUCCAAAUAUUUGUUUAGUUGGUUUUUAUAACGAAGGCUAAUGGUACAUUAUUACAUCACACUUUUUUUUGUAUUUUAGCUACUGUGCACACAGCUACUGUUCACACUCACUUUUGUUUUUAUUUUUCUGUAUGACCAUUAAACUCUCCUGAUGCCAGCUUGCCUCCGGAGAACAAUGUUGUAACGACGCACUGUGGCGCUAAAGUGCCAGCUAUGCUAACUCGGCUAAAAGGAAUCACAGCCUCUAGCUGUUAUCGACAUUAUUUUUCUACUAACCCAAUUCAAUAUAUCAAUACAAGCAGAGAUCAAGCCAUAUUUAGAGACGACCAGAUAAAACAUAAACACACACAUAUGUUUAAAGAGAAUUUACUUUUCUUUUUUUGGCGGGAGUUUUACGACUGAUUCAGUUUGCAGUGGUGAGACAUUGCCAUUUUUUUUUACUUGAAGUCCAUAAUAAUGUAAUUCUCUUCUCUACUGUAUGAUAUACUGUUUAAAAAGUUGUGCGUAACAAAUGUUAUUGACAAUCUAGCCUGAAUACUUACAUUAUUCAAUAAAAACAAAAAACGGAAAAAACCAACAGGCGGAAACUAGUUUACAAUUCUCACAUGUUCUGAUAUGUCGUGUUACACUGUAAUGGGGAGAGUGUGUGUAUUAAUGCUUGCAGUUACAUUAUGAGUUGCUAGUGAUUCUAUAACAGAUGUUCUAGUAAUAUCCCCUAAGCUGUUGGGGUCUGAAAACCUUGCAGCACACACACCUUAGUUACGAUGUACGUUAUAAAUUCUAUGGAAGACAAAAUGUAUGCAGAAACAUCCAUCACAUUCUACGAACGGGCAACAUGCAGACAGAUCCACAGACAAUGAAUGUGUUCGAUAAACAUAGACACACAUCUGUAUGUUCUAAAAUAACUCAAUAACCCAAUAAAAGACUAAUAUUCAGCAUGCAACGGCUACCGUUCAGUGUUUUCCCUGCUUGGGUGAGCCUACCUGUAGACCACACCGGCUGCUGUAAUGUCCGUAAUCAGCUACUUACAGGCCCCCCCGCCUCUGUUAGCAGCUGUAGGGUAGGGUUAGGGUUAGGGCUAGGGUAAGAGGGAGGUAAAUGAGCACGCCCCUGGCUGAUGACUGUGAUCGUAGUAUGGACAUGUCUUUAACAAAAACGCUGGCACGACGGGUGGUCUUGCGUUUCCGGUCUAGCUUGGCUUUGCUUGUGAUCACCGCUGGCUUUCUUUCCACCCGCUGCAUCAGAAAGGGAAACGCAAAUUCUGUCAAUGAAACCAGUUUUUCUCAUUCUCUCUGCCUCUGGCUGAUAAAAACUAAUUUGAGAUUGUGUAUUCCGCUAAACACCAACUACAAAAAAAGGUAAUUGUGAAUAAAGUAAGAAAUUCAGCAUGCGAGCUCGGCCUACUCUGCACUUGUUUUGUCAGGUGAUUUGCGGGAGCGGGGUUCAGUUAGAAGUUAUGUCAGGUUUCUAAUGACAACUGCCUUGUGGGAGCUGUAGGCCCACAUCAACAGCUACAUCUGCCUGUCAAUGCUAUGCUCUGUCCUGUUCUAUCAUCUGUUACUGAUAUAUUACCAUACCUACUUUGAAGUAAUCAAUAAAAAAAUGUUCCUUACAACAA